AAGAGGGGGGGGGGCGUUCUGCAAUAAUAUAGUCAGCCAUUUUUUAUGCAAGGGGAUUUUUCUUAUUGGGGGGGUUGUUAAAAAAUAAAUAUAAGAGCGGCCAUCUUUGUUUCCCUGCCUUGUAGUGUAAAAUAUUCCAAAACGGCCCCCACUUUUUUCUGGUGUCGAUUUGAAUAUUAAAUAAAUAUCAUAAUUCCGGAGGGUUUCUGAUUUCGAGGACGGAGCCGAUGACAGGAAUAUAAUGUCCUCUCCUCUCCGGUCCUGUGAGGAAGACCAGGGCAUGUUGGUUCAUUCCGAGGGAGUGGAUUUUGAUGAAGAAGACGAGGACGACGGAGAUCUAGACGGGAACGCAAGCGACAUAAACUCGCCGGCGGCGCCUCGAGAAACUGCAACACUAGCCGCGCCAGUAGAGGAAGAAAGGGAAGCAUCAGACAGGGCCAGUCUAGGGAGGAAGAAACGAGGGCCCAAGAAGAAGGAGACAAAGAAGAAGGAGAAAGAGAAAGAAGGAAAACCGGUUAAAGCCAAAAAACGGAAAAAGAUUGAAAGUGAUGUAGAGAGAGACUCGGAGCGAGAGAGAGAUUAUGGUGAGAACUCCGACAGCGCAGCGAGUGACUUCUCUGGCGAGAAAAAGAAGAAGAAGAAACACAAGGAAAAGAAGGAGAAGAAAACCAAGAAGAAGAAAAAAGAUGAUGGGGACAGCACGCACGAGGAGACAACAAAGCCAAUAGAACAGAAGACGUCGGCCCAGCUGGCUAUGGACUGGGGUCUGGAGGAUGUGGAUCAUACAUUCACUGAAGAUGAUUACCGCACACUCACCAACUACAAAGCCUUCAGCCAGUCCAUGAGGCCCAUGAUCGCCAAGAAGAACCCUAAGAUCCCCAUGUCUAAGAUGAUGACCAUCCUGGGGGUUAAGUGGAGGGAGUUCAGCUCCAACAACCCCUUCAAGGGCUCCGGUGCUGCAGCCGUGGCAGCUGCAGCCGCCGCCGCCGCCAUCGCCGUCGCCGAGCAGGUCUCCGCGGCAACCCCAUCCCCGGAGCCGCCUCCACCCCGGAAGCAGCCCCAACCCCCACGGCCGCCCCCCCAGCCGCCACCCCCGCUCCGCAAGGCCAAGACCAAAGAGGGCAAAGGCCCUGGGUAUAAGAAGAGUCGCAGUAAGAGUCCUCGUGUUCUGGCUGAGAGGAAGAAGGCGGUGGCAGCAGCAGUAGCGGCUUCAGUAGCUAAAGCCAAGAAGAUGUCCCCCAUACGCAUAAAAUUGGGGGCCUUAGGCAACAAGAGGAAGAAGAGCAGCUCUAGUGGUGAUGAUGUUGAUGAGGAGGACUCGCUGCAGGAGGACUCCAGUGUCCACAGCUCCUCGGUCCGCUCUGACAGCUCCUCCCGGGUCAAGAAGAACAAGAGAGGACGUCCGGCCAAGAAGAAUAAGAAAAUGCUGGAUGAGGGUGAGGUGGAGGGGGAUGGUUAUGAGACAGACCACCAGGACUACUGUGAGGUGUGCCAGCAGGGAGGGGAGAUCAUUCUGUGUGACACCUGUCCUAGGGCCUACCACCUGGUCUGUCUGGAGCCUGAGCUGGAGAAGGCCCCCGAGGGCAAGUGGAGUUGCCCCCACUGUGAGAAAGAGGGGAUCCAGUGGGAAGCGAAGGAUGAGGACUUUGAGGAGUUUGAGGAGGAGAGUGAGGACAUGGUGGUACCAGAGGUACCUGGGGUUGGACUGCUGGUAGGACUGGAGGAAGAGGAGGAUGACCACAUUGAGUUCUGCAGGGUCUGUAAAGAUGGGGGGGAACUAUUAUGCUGUGACACCUGCACUUCCUCCUACCACAUCCACUGUCUCAACCCGCCCCUGCCUGAGAUCCCCAACGGAGAGUGGCUGUGUCCACGCUGCACUUGUCCUGCUAUCAAGGGCAGGGUGCAGAGGAUCCUCCACUGGCGAUGGGGCGAGCCCCCCGAUCCUGUACCCGCGCCCCCUGCCCCCGAUACCCCUCCUGAUGCUCCCCCACCACCCCCCAUGAAGGGCAGGGCUGAGAGGGAGUUCUUUGUCAAGCUGACCGGACAGUCCUACUGGCACUGUACCUGGAUCACUGAACUACAGCUGGAGAUCUUCCACUCGGUGAUGUUCCGUAACUACCAGAGGAAGACAGAUAUGGAUGAGCCUCCCAGUCUGGACUAUGGGUCGGGGGGAGAGGAGGAGAGUGUUAAGAGUGAGAAGAGGAGGCUGAAAGACCCAGACUAUGCUGCCCUGGAUGACAAGUUCUAUAAAUACGGCAUCAAGCCUGAAUGGAUGAUGGUCCACCGCAUCAUCAACCACAGUAUGGACAAGAAAGGGAUAUACCACUACCUGGUCAAGUGGAGAGACCUGACCUAUGACCAGUGCACAUGGGAGAGAGACGAUCUGGAGAUGCCAGAGUUUGUCAUUCACAAGGCCAACUACUGGGCACACAGGGAUGAGGUGAUGAAGGAGGCCCCAGACAUGCCGAGGAGGAUGAGGAGGAUGAGGAUGGAAGAGAGCGAAGACCCCCACAGAUCACCUGUCAACGACCCUACAAUAAAGUACGAGGAGCAGCCAGACUUUGUGACGGCGACGAGGGGCACUCUGCACCUGUACCAGCUGGAGGGGCUCAACUGGCUGCGUUUCAGCUGGGCACAGGGCACUGACACCAUCCUGGCAGACGAGAUGGGGCUGGGCAAGACUAUCCAGACCAUCGUGUUCCUCUACUCACUCUUCAAAGAGGGCCACACUAGGGGCCCGUUUCUGGUGAGUGCCCCCCUCUCCACCAUCAUUAACUGGGAGAGAGAGUUUGAGAUGUGGGCCCCUGACUUCUACGUGGUGACCUACACAGGUGACAAGGACAGCAGAGCCAUCAUCAGAGAGAACGAGCUGACCUUCGACGACACGGCCGUACGGGGAGGGAAGAAAACCUUCAAACUGAGGAGAGAAGCCCCUAUAAAGUUCCAUGUCCUGCUGACGUCCUAUGAGCUGGUGACGAUAGACCAGACCUCCCUGAAGUCUAUAGACUGGGCCUGUCUAGUGGUGGACGAAGCCCACCGCCUCAAGAACAACCAGAGCAAGUUCUUCAGACGUCUGAAUGACUAUACGAUUGACCACAAGCUGCUGCUGACUGGUACUCCUCUACAGAACAACCUGGAGGAGCUGUUUCACCUGCUCAACUUCCUCACUCCCAACCGUUUCAAUAAUCUGGAGGGGUUCCUGGAGGAGUUUGCAGACAUCUCCAAGGAGGACCAGAUCCAGAAGCUCCAUGACCUGCUGGGUCCCCACAUGUUGAGGAGGCUGAAGGCUGACGUCUUCAAGAACAUGCCGGCAAAGACUGAGCUCAUCGUACGAGUGGAACUAAGCCCCAUGCAGAAGAAAUACUACAAGUUGAUUCUGACGAGGAACUUUGAGGCUCUGAACUCUAAAGGAGGAGGUAACCAGGUGUCUCUACUCAACAUCAUGAUGGACCUGAAGAAGUGUGCCAACCACCCCUACCUCUUCCCCGUCGCCUCCAUGGAAGCCCGCAAGACGGCGAGCGGAGCGUACGAGGGCACGGACCUCACAAAGGCUUCUGGGAAACUGACUCUGUUGCAGAAGAUGAUGAGGAAACUGAAGGACCAGGGACACCGGGUGCUAGUCUUCUCACAGAUGACUAAGAUGUUGGACCUAUUGGAGGACUUCUUGGACUUUGAGGGUUAUAAGUACGAGAGGAUCGACGGAGGAGUCACAGGAGCUCUGAGACAGGAGGCCAUAGACAGGUUCAAUGCUCCUGGUGCUCCUCAAUUCUGUUUCCUGCUGUCCACCAGGGCAGGGGGUCUGGGUAUUAACCUGGCUACAGCAGACACUGUUGUCAUCUUCGACUCAGACUGGAACCCCCACAAUGACAUCCAGGCAUUCAGUCGCGCCCACCGCAUCGGGCAGGCCAACAAGGUGAUGAUCUACCGUUUCGUGACCCGUGCCAGUGUGGAGGAGCGCAUCACCCAGGUGGCAAAGAGGAAGAUGAUGCUGACCCACCUGGUGGUGAGGCCCGGCCUGGGCUCCAAGGCUGGAUCCAUGUCCAAACAGGAACUGGACGACAUCCUCAAGUUCGGCACCGAGGAACUCUUCAAGGACGAGAUCGAAUUCCUCUCACCACCACGUAUGUCCACUCUCUCUCCCCUACGCUGUCCAGCGGGGGACAACAGGGAUGAUGAGGGCAGUGUGAUCCACUACGACAGCUCAGCCAUCGAGAGACUGCUGGAUCGGAGCCAGGACGCUACAGACGACACAGACAUGCAGAACAUGAACGAAUACCUCAGCUCCUUCAAAGUGGCCCGCUACAUGGUUCGAGAGGAGGAUAAGGUUGAGGAGGUGGAGCGUGAGAUCAUUAAGCAGGAGGAGUGUGUGGACCCAGAAUACUGGGAGAAGCUGCUGAGACAUCACUAUGAGCAACAACAGGAGGACCUGGCUAGUAAACUGGGCAAGGGCAAGAGGAACCGCAAGCCUGUCAACUACAACGACGCAGCACAGGAGGACCAAGAGUGGCAUGCUGGUAUUUCAGAUAACCAGUCCGAGUACUCUGUGGGCUCUGAGGAGGAGGAUGAAGACUUCGAUGAGAGGCCAGAAGGUUCUCGCCGACAGUCCCGUCGGCAGAUGAGGAACGAGAGAGACAAGCCACUUCCCCCCCUGUUGGCCAGAGUAGGAGGAAACUUGGAGGUAUUGGGCUUCAACACGCGCCAGAGGAAAGCCUUCCUAAACGCGGUGAUGCGUUGGGGCAUGCCCGCACAGGACGCCUUCUCCUGCCAGUGGCUGGUCAGAGACCUGAGGGGCAAGAGUGAGAAGGAGUUCAAGGCGUAUGUCUCCCUGUUCAUGCGUCACCUGUGUGAGCCCGUGGCCGACGGUGCCGAGACGUUUGCCGACGGCGUGCCGAGGGAGGGCCUGUGUCGGCAGCCUGUGCUCACCCGCAUCGGGGUCAUGUCCCUGGUCAAGAAGAAGAUCCAGGAGUUUGAGCACAUCAAUGGGCGGUGGAGUCUUCCAGAACUGAAGCCAGAGAUGAAGCCAGAGGCCCUGAGACCAGAGGUCAGUGUGUCUUCUUCCUCCAGAGCCUCCUCCCCUGGGGGGACCAUGAAGACCGCUACGCCCACCCCUGACCCCAGCUGUACCUCAGACAACACCCCCUGCACCUCAAAACCAGCUACCCCUGCUCCGUCGGACAAACUAGAGAAGAACGGGAAAGAUGGAGAGAAGGAAGAGGAAGAUGAGGAGGGUAAGGCCUCAUCUGAGCCAGAGAAAGAUGGCGAGAAGGAGAAGGACGAGGGGAAGGAGGAAGAGAGCAACAAGAGUGCAGACCCUGAAGAGCCUCCAAUCUCUACCAAAGAAGCACUACAAGAAUUAUCCCCUUGCACAACAACAGACAAGGAAGAGAAGGGUACAAAAGAGGAGGAGGAGGGGAAAGAAACCAAAACGACUGACACCCCUCCGGCCCUAGUGGAGGAGAAGAAAGUUGAGGAGGAGAGUAAGGAGGAGGGGUCUUCCGGAGAAACAACUAAGCAAGGGUCGGAGGUCAAAGAUGAGAAACCAGGUAGUGUAACACUCUCGCCUGGAGAGAAGGUGGAGGAGGAGAAAGAGAAGGUCAACAACAAGGAAAAAGACAUGGAGAAGAGUGAGGAGGCCCCUGUCCUCACAGAAGGGCCAGACAACAUGGAAAGGAUGGAGCGACAGCAACCCUCUGACGUGAUGAAAGAGGAAGUAAAAGGUGAAAAGGAUGCUGGGAAAGAAGUGGCGAAGGAGGAGGUUGCCAAAGAUGCCUUGCCGAAACCCCCCAUCACCCCCCCCGAGCGACGGCGCUUCAUGUUCAACAUCGCUGACGGGGGCUUCACGGAGCUGCAUACACUGUGGCAGAACGAGGAGCGGGCGGCCAUCUCCUCCGGGAAGAUGAAUGAGAUCUGGCACCGGCGACACGACUUCUGGCUGCUGGCGGGAAUCGUACUUCAUGGCUAUGCACGGUGGCAGGACAUCCAGAACGAUCCCCAGUUUGCUAUCGUCAACGAGCCCUUCAAGUCGCAUGCCAACAAGGGCAACUUCCUUGAGAUGAAGAACAAGUUCCUGGCCCGCCGCUUCAAGUUAUUAGAGCAGGCCCUGGUGAUAGAGGAACAACUGAGACGGGCAGCCUACCUGAAUAUGACCCAGGACCCAGUCCACCCCGCCAUGGCGUUGAACGCCCGUUAUGCCGAGGUGGAGUGUCUGGCCGAGUCCCACCAACACCUCAGCAAGGAAUCCCUGGCCGGGAACAAACCGGCCAACGCCGUGCUGCAUAAAGUGCUGAACCAGUUAGAGGAGCUGCUGAGCGACAUGAAGGCUGACGUGACACGGCUCCCCGCCACGCUGUCCCGGGUCCCGCCCAUCGCCGCACGCCUGCAGAUGUCAGAGAGGAGCAUCCUCAGCAGGCUGGCCAGCAAGGGCACUGACACACACCCGCCCCCGACCAUCCCUCCAGGACCCUACGCCACUCCUCAGAACUUUGGGCCCCCCUUCACCCCCACCCCCCCGGGAGUCUUACCCAUGGGAGGAGCCAACUACAGCCAGAUGCCUCCUGGAUCCUUCGUAUCAGUGUUGAACGGUCCUGUGUCAGUGAAGAAGGAGAGGGAAGCAGAGCAGCUCCUGAGCAGGAGAGACCAGCGCCGUGGAGAGGUCAUCUGUAUCGACGACUGAACAACAUCACUCACUGACCGCACACACACACGUCCACAUAAACACACACACAUCAACAUAUACACACACACACAUCAACAUAUACACACACACACACCAACACAGAACACACGUAGUACAGUAUCCACACUCCGCAGACUGACACUCCCUAUGAAUACACACUUGUGGUCCAUGCUGUCACGUACAUACUCACCUGCUCAAUCGCUUGUUGUCUGCCUCAAACCAACCAAUACUCCUCACAAGCAGCCUACUCAUAGAAUACCUCCCCUCCAGAACAGUAUGGUUCUGUAAUCUAGAACCUCCCUCUAUCCUAGCAUCGCUCACAGACCCCCCCCCCCCAUACCUAGAACUAAUAACUGCUACCACACCUGACCCUUGACCUUUGACCCCCCCCAGGGGUCGCUCCAGUGACAUGAAACUGCAUGAUAUAACAUUGUGAAGAUUUUGCUCUUGACACUAUUCCUGCCAUUCGUCCUGAGAAGCAUGCUGUGCUAAAACUCACACAAAAAAUGGCGUUAUCAUGCAAGCUGUGCCUACAGUAUUUAUUCUAGUGCUGGUUUUAUCUCCGAAGCUUGCCGAAAACCAUUCAUCAAUCGCCCCAUUGGAGAAUUGAAUGAGUGAAGUAUUACAGGACUCGGGGCUGUGGAAACUCUCAGCCCAUUUCCCUUUCAUGUUGACCUGAUUGUACAUGUAGAAAAACUGAAAUGUCAGUCAGUCCAACCCAACUUAGUAUUAUGUUGACUGUAUGAGUUAUAGCUGGUAUGCCAGAGGAUGUUCUUACAGACCAGGGUGAACAGUUUAUAUCUUUGGUUUUGAUUGGGAUGGGAGGUCCCAGUGCUUGUUCAGGAUAGGCCUCACUCAUAGAACUGGUCAUAACCUUUCAUAGGCAAGUCAUACAGUGUUGACCACCCUCAACUACAGUCCUCUCCCCUUGCUCUUUGACCCCCUACGUAGAGCUUACACAGUGCUUUCUGAAAGUAUUCAGACCCCUUGACUUUUUCCACAUUUUGUUAGGUUACAGCCUUAUUCUAAAAUUGAUUAAAUUGUUUUUUCCCUCAUCAAUCUA